AUGCUGCGGCGCGGCGCGCCCGACACAGCCCGCAACCAAACAAACUUAGGUGUCGCGCGGGCGGCCUUCAGCGCAGCGCUCGGCCGGUAUGGCAGCACCUGCGGCGGCGGCGGCGGCGGAGGAGGUGGCGGGGGCGGCGGCGGCGGCCCCCUGCAGAAGCUGCGCCUGCGGCGCGGCCGGCUGUGUGCCGUGCUGUCGCUCGUCUGCGUCUACCUGGCCGGCGUGCUGCUGCUCUCCUCCGUCUCCAUCGACCCCCACUACUACUCCAACCAAGGUGGAGGUGAAAGACAUGCCGGGGGCGGCGGCGUGGGCGGCGCGGGGCGGCGGGCGCGCAGCCGCCUCCACUGGUGCCGCCCCCUGCACUUCCUCAGCCCCCCGGGGCCCGUCGUGGCGCUCGUGUCGUUCCCCGGCAGCGGCAACACCUGGCUUCGUUACCUGCUGCAGCAGGCCACAGGCGUGUAUACGGGCUCGGUGUACAAGGACUUCGGGCUGCUGAAGAACGGCUUCCCGGCGGAGUCGGUGUGCAACGGGUCGGUGCUGGUGGUGAAGACGCACGAGAGCGGCCCCGAGGCGCGCGCGCCCUUCAGCCGCGCCGUCCUGCUGGUGCGCGCGCCCGCCCCCGCCAUCCUCGCAGAGUUCAACCGCCAGAGCGGCGGACACGUCGGCUUCGCCUCGCCGGACCGCUACCACCGCAACAGGGGCAAGUACUGGGAGUCGUUCGUGCGGUCGAUGGUGGCCAAGUGGCGGGCGCUGAACCUGGACUGGCUGCGCAACUUCCCGGGCGAGCUGCUGGUGGCGCGCUACGAGUCUCUGGCGGCGGCCGACGCCCCCGCGCUGCGCGCCCACCUGCUGCGCCUGCUGCGCUUCCUGCGCGCCGACGCCGCCGUCUCGGCGCAGCAGCUCGCCUGCACCGUGGUGCGCCGCGAGGGCAUCUACCGGCGCCGCCGGCGCGCCGCCGCCGACGCCUUCGACCCCUUCUCCGAGGACAUGAAGCGCGACCUGCGCGCCGCCGAGGACGAGGUCUUCGCCGCCAUCCGCGACUUCCAGCUGCGCCAGCAGCGCCUCCUGGGCGCCGGCGUCGACCCCGGGCCCACGGCGCAACCGCCGGGCAGCUGA